AUGAUUGGCAAGGCCUGGCUGAUGGAGCCCGCGUAUGGAGGUUGGGUAAUGGUCGUUGCAUGCAACACAACAGUCUACAAUGUCACAUACAGUGCUACUGGUGGUGCAAUCAAAAAGUUGGAUGCCCAUGAGAGUAACUCUACUGUUGCGGGUAUCUCAAUUCUCCCCUCUCUCGACAGCACAGGACAAAUGGCAGAAUUAAAAUACAGCGUUGCGCGGCAAGCCAAUCCUCCAAAAUCUUUGAAACAGUGGAUCUCAGACUUGGAACUUGGGAUGAGCACCAUUUUCACCCUUCCUUUAGUCGUGCAUACGGUGCCGGCAGACAGUAUUCUAGUGCAGACAAGAGCCAGGAAGAUUAUGACUAGAGCGCCUGUCGCUGCUGUCUGGCUGCUCGUUUUGGCAAAUUUGUUCUUCGCCGCCCUUGGAAUUGGCCUCGCCGUCAUGGCUUGGAUGGCAGCAGAUCAGGACGUUCAUCAAGUCAGGACGCGGCUUGGUGUUCCCGGAUUAGCGGCUGCUCUCUUCGAGAGGAACUCCGAGAACCGCAUCGUCAAGUCUGACAAGGAGUUGUUCCAAGAGAACGACAGGGAUGGACUGCCGCUGGUUCUUGUUGGAGUUCAGCAUACCGUUACUGGAGGCAUGGCGUGGUCACUUCGCGACAAUCAAACUGGCCGUCCAUGUUUGGCGGACGGGGCGAAGAUGUCGACUGCUUACAUCAGUGAUACCACAAGCUCGACUUCAGAAGAGACGACCGGCGCUGAGAAUUUCGACCACAUAUCCGAAAGCUCUGGUAAUGAGGCUGUGGAACAUCAGCCAAUCUCCAUCGUACCUUCAGAGCCUGUAACUCGAUUUGACGCUGUCAGCCCGAUUGAACAGCCUAAUCACUGGGUGUAA